ACGAGCUGUCAUGAAAAACACAAAAAAAACAUAAAUUAAAUAAUGCAUCGUUUAUCAUGACGUGUUAAAAUUCUUGCACUGUCAAUUAAAUGUUACUUACAGGUAUAUGAUUGAUUAAAAAAAACUGAAGAUUGAAUGUAAUUAUGUUUUACGUUCAACCACCGAAAGGGUUGGUUACAUUGCACACUUUAGAAGAAAUCGUUUUUUCACGUUUAGAGUAUUUAAAUAACAUUUUGGGUAGCGAUAAAAAAGUGACAUUCAAUGGAAAAUUUGAAUACUUGUUUGAAGGAUCGCCAUAUGACUGCAUUGGACACUUUACUUUAAGACUACUAACAUUAAGAUCUGAUGGAUUUUUUUCAUCCUGGUUGCGCAAGGAAACUCUUUUGUUAAGAACAAGAUUAUCUGUUGUGAAUUCAAGACAACUGUACAGAUUUUUUAAAACAGUUGUUAAGCAUUUAAAGCGAAGAGAAAAUGUUGACAACCCUGUAGACAGAGUAUUAUUAAGACUUUGUUCUUUCUUCAUGAUACCGGAUAUUUUUAAACACAUUGUAUCUAAGUCUCAUGCAGAAGACUGCACUGAAUAUCAUGAUAAAAUUGAUUUUGAGCUGUUGCUUGAUUUGGUAGAAGAAAAGGCUGUAGAGUUACACAAAGGCUCUGCUGUAGUUCACUGUUCUCAAUGGAAGGAAUUAUUGUGUUCUUUAUUUCAGACUUUUAUUUUGUUUGAAGUUAAAAAUCAAAGUUUUCUAGUCAAUAACUUUUCAACAGACCCUCGUAUGAACGACAUCUGGAACAAGUUGCAAUAUUCUCUGUUUCCUAAAGAUUACAACUUUGGAAACAUUACCGCAUCUAAUAUUGAUCGCGAAGUGCAAAAAUUUCCUCCCUGUAUGGAGCAUCUACAUUUAUUGCUUAGACGCAAACAUCGGUUGAGUCAUUAUGCUCGAUUAUAUUACACCCUUUUUCUUAAGGAGUGCGGAAUGAGCUUGGAGGAAGCAAUAGCAUACUGGAAAAAUGAAUAUUCUAAACCACACAAAUGUGAUUCUGUUUGUAUCCAUAAUUGGCACAAAGAUGCCAAGAAAUUUAUCUACAGUAUUAGACACAUGUAUGGCUUAGAAGGAGUGAAAAAAAACUACAGUACCCCAAGUUGCAGCUUUUUCUGUGAAGAAGUACCUAGUACAAAUUAUGAAGGAGGUUGUCCUUUCAAAAAUUUUGAUACAGAUUCAUUGAAGUCUUUACUGUCGAAUUCUAUGACCGAGAGUGAUUUGAAUGAAUUUAUGGCAACUGGAUUGAAACAAGAACCUCAAGAGACAUGUGCAAAUUUUUUUAGAUUCAAAAGUAUGACCCACCUUCAAGACAUAACAAUUAAAAGACCAGUUCAGUAUUAUAAAAAAAUGUUAGAACUUAGUUAACUUAAGAUUUAUUUAAUUUAUACAUGCG